AGAUGUCACAAAACGGAAUGAUAUAAAGCUUUUACCUCGAUCACAGAACCUUCACCUUACCAAACAUUCGAAUCAAACAUGAAUAUCUCAAAACUGUUCAAAUAUGCAAUAAUAAUUAUUGCAACAGUUAUUUUGAUAACCUUCAUCCUUCCAUACAACCCCGAGGAAAUUUACAACAACCAAACUGUUGUACAAACUGAACAAUCAAGUCAGCUUGACCAUCAAGAACGUAAUAAUAUUCAUAGUGACUCUCAUAGUGACCGUGAGGCUCAUCAUGAGGCUCAUGGUGAUCCAAGAAGUAGCAAGAAGAUGUAUGUUAUUUUAGUGACAGGUUUUAGGACUGGCUCAACAUUUUUGGGAGAACUCUUUAAUCAGAACACAGAUGUUUUGUAUUUGUUUGAACCCUUCCAUCAGAAUCAUAUCAAAGCUCUUGUCAGAGACAACGCUAUCCAUGGUGCUACAGAAGAGAACACACUACUUGAACAGAGGACAGCGUAUCUGGACCAGAUGAUUAAUAAUUGCCAGGUUGAGUGGCCAAUGUUUGGGGGAAUGUCUUUAGGUAUGAAAUGUGGUUCCGCUGAAGAAAAUAUGAAGCGCUACGGAACUCCAGAGUGCGAUAAAGCAGAUAAGCGCUGGGACAAACAGUGCACACGUAGAGACAUUGUUGCUUUAAAGUUGAUAAGACUGCAACGUAUCCAGCAUUUAGAGCUAGUACCAGGGAUAAAGGACGCUAAUGUAUACGUUAUACACCUUAUACGAGACCCUCGGGGCACUAUGAACAGUCGACUUGGAUUCGGAACUUUCUACCUUGACGACAUAGAGAACCUGAAGGUGAAACCCCUUACUCCUGAGAAGAUGGGGAUAGCGGCAGCUAAUCUGUGUGACAGAGAGUGGGAUAAUAUCCAGUACACUGAGAAACUACCUGACUGGUUACAGGGCAGGUUUCUGCGAGUUACUCACGAUGAGAUGUCUCUAGAGCCUAUAAAGAUAGCUGAACGAGUAUACGAGUUUUUGGGCAAGAAAAUUCCUGACGAUAUGUCUGAUUUCUUAAUUUCACAUACCACUGUUAAAGAGAAAGGUGUUCUUAACACGAGCAGAAAUUCAACGGAGGUCCUCGAAAAGUGGAAGAAUAAUUUGAAGCCAGACAUAGUUCGAGCGAUUGAGGACAAAUGUAAAAAUGUUAUGGACUUUAUGGGCUAUACACCACAUCAACCUUGAGUUGAUAAUUACAUAAUAUUAUCAUAAUGGCAUGUUUUUUAAAGUGAAAAGUUUUUAGUAAGUUAAAAGGUUUCGAGAUGUAUAAUACAUAUAAUAUAAUAAUUACAUAUUUUAGUUGAACCUUUGUCAGUUGGAAUUAAUUUGAUUGAAUGUUAUGAGUUAUGACAAUAAUUUUAAUGAAUUGGGCAUUUUUUAAAUAGUCAAAGUAUUUUAUAGGCGAAUUAGAAAACGAUAAAACCAAAUAUGGUUUUAGAUAGAUAAUUUGAUCUAUCUAAAGCAAGGUGGAAGCUCCUAGGUCAUAUCUUGUGUAGUGCUGAUGACUCCCCCGCAGCAUUAGCGUUAAAGUUUGCUGUCACAACAAACUGUAAAGGGCGCAUCGUAAGAAUUUGUUCAAGAUUAUUGUGAAUGAUUUGACCCGUAGAGGUUUACAAUUUAACUAUUUGAAUGAUCUUAAUAAGCUUAAGAUAUUAGCCAAUGAUAAAGUUGCUCGGUGAAACAAAUUUUUACUCUAGCUGUCUUGAUCUGUACUGAUCACCAUUUUAGGAUCAUUUCUUGAUUUUUUUAAUGGUGUGAACAGUUUCUUAAUAAUAAUUUCUAUUAAUAUUAUAGAUUUAAAAUGUACCAGUUCGAUGUAUUUUUUGUUUCAGGAUAAAUAUCAUUAUCAUAAUAUAUGUGUUAUGAACUAUUUGACAUUUGUGAUAGUGAAUUUAUUAAUUUAGUUUCUGUUGG